CUUGGUGACGGAUGUCAAAAUCUCAGAAGAAAAAUAUCGAAUUUUUACUCAAGUGUUUACGUAUCUUUUCUGUGCUGUUGAGCUCUAGAGAGAAAGGAUAAAAUGAUCAAAAAUGCAGGUUCAGGCGAGCGUAGACCAUUAUCUGGUCAGUUAUACAAAUACACAAAUGUUGUAAAGGGCUGGCAGCAACGUUGGUUUGCAGUGGACCCAGAAACUGGAGUUCUAUCGUAUUACCUCUUCGAUGGACCUGGAGACACCAUUCAACCUGGACAGCCAGCUAGGGGCGAAGCGCAUUUAGCAGCUGCAGUAAUAUGUCCGAGUGACGAGGACUCCCGUACGUUCACCAUCAACUGUGCUUCCGGAGACAUGCUCAAGCUGAGGGCCACUGAUGCCAGGGCCCGGCAGGAGUGGGUCAAUGGCCUCAGGGCUAUUGCUGAAAUACACACCAAGGCCAUGGGUGCCAACCCACCGCUGCAGCCAAGAGAACAGCUUGCAGUGCAUGAUGCAAUGGCUUCAGCUAGGAACCAGCUUCAGGCUACAGAAAUGAGUGAUGCAGCUCUAGCAAGGUGUAUAGAAUCAGCAGAUUCACCAUUCCCACACACAGACCCAGACUUAUUACUGUUAAAAGCCACAUCAGCAGCCAGCAUGCAGUGCCUGUUACAAUGUCUGGGCAUUCUACACCGCCAGCAGCAGUAUACCACCGUCAGCAUUUCCAGUAAACAUUCCGACAAUGAUCACCACUAGUCCAUUCUUCGUAUAGAUAGGCGAUUUACACACAACACCGCUCAUUGGUGAAUUUGAGUAGAAUUCUUUAGUG